UCCCGCCCGCUGGGCGCAGCGGCGAGCAGGAGCCGGGACGCGGGCCGGGCGCCGGGCCCGGCCGGGACGCGCUAGGCCGCAGGCUCGGCGCACACAAAACCUUCCCCGCCUUCUCGGAUCUCCCGAACCGGUGAGCGGGAGCGGCCAGGAACCGGGCUUUCCACUGGGAAGACACUCGGUGCUCGGCAUCAGGGCCGGAGAGGGGACAAUUAUACAGCUAGAUGUGCGGCAUUGAGGGAUCGCAAGUCCCGGACUUGGGGGAACAUGUCUUGAGCAGCUGGACGACUUCGGCUUUGCUGAUGAAAUGGAGUACAGGUGGCUUCGCUGCCCCACACUACAGGUCAGCGGCUCGGGGCCGGGGCACCGCCGCAGCCGCCCCUCCGCACCCAAUUCCGGGGCCAGGCCGCAGACCCCAGGCGGCUCGCCCCGCCCCGCCGCGCCUCCCUAAACAUCUCCCGCUGCAAAUGGCCCAAUCGGGAGACUCGACGAGCAACACGAGCCAAUCAGAGGCUGCUGAUUCAGGCUUCCCUCCACCCUUUGCCCCGCCCCCAGUAGGAAAUACCACCGCCCCCCUGUCGCCCCUUCCCACCCCACCCCAGAUCCCCGGAGGUGGCUCACCAGCUCCUAGCCUCGCCGGGAUGAAGUGGAGUAGCCCGCCGAGGCGGCGGCGUUUGUCACCUUGUCACCCACAUCCUCGCCCCUCCCAUACACCCUCCUCCCUUUCCCAGUCCUCCUGCUGGUGCUGUUGA